AGCAGCGCUAUUGUAUUUCGUUGGGAAAGCAUUAGUCGGAGCGAUAUAGCCAGCUGUUUGAGUCAUCUCGUAGAACAGCGCGUCCGGGCCAUCUCGUUAUCUUCCGCUCAGGUCGACAAAUUUCGAAUGGAAUUUUGACAAUGCGAUACGAACUGGUCAGGUGAGAGCGUUGCUAUGAAUCAGCUCAAGAAUUUUUGACCGUACACGAUGGGUUUCUCUUACCUGCGGUCUGCGGGUAGGCGUCGACGCGGCACGAUUCUCGAUACAUCAGCUGGCACGGGUACCUGUAGCUCCACUCUAUCUUUCUCUCGGUCGAGGGGAACGAGGUGACACGCAAAGCCAAGAAAGUGCUUGGAGAGGUAUCCCUGAAGCAGUUUCUAACGAGCCUCGCUGUGAAUAACAAUCCGCAAUAUUUCUGAAGAGUCAGCAGACUGUUGAUCGAGGAUGGCUACGUCUGAACGCGAACGAUUGUAUACCCCGAGCGAAUGGAGUAAACGAUAUGGAUCCGAAGAGUUGCGUCAGCAAUUCUUUACAUUUUGCGCAAAAAUUACGGGAAAGGUUCAGAAAACUAUAAAAUGCGAACUAAAUGUGCCAUAUGACACCACGGAGCGUACAAAAUACGAUAUAUACGGCACCGAUUUACCUGAAGAUGCACCAAUAUUUGUCUUUAUCCAUGGUGGAUAUUGGCAGGAAUUCAGCAAGGAUUUAUGUGGAUUCGCGGUACCCUUGUUUGUUGAAAACAAAAUCAAAGUAAUCACAAUUGAAUACGAUCUGUGUCCGAAUGUUAAACUUGAAGAUAUAGUAGCGCAGAUAAAAUCGGCAGUCGAACAAAUAUUAAAAUAUGCAGCCGAUUCGGGCUCCAAACGCAUAUGUAUUGCUGGACAUAGUGCUGGGGCGCAUUUGGCUGCAACUUUGUUGCAUGAUGACGAUUGGAUCAAUCGCAUGACGCAGGAAGGAUAUUUUGCACUAUUAAAGGAAAUCGUUCUAAUAGGUGGCAUUUAUAACAUAAAACCUCUAGUUGACAUCAGUUUUGGGAUAGCUCUUCAGCUCACUGAAAAGGAAAUUAAAAACUGGAGUUUGCUUACUCUUAAUGAAGCGAAAGAUUGUCAUAUCAAUGGCUUGAAAGUUAUCGUGACUGUAGGGGAAUGUGAUUCUCCUGUAUUUAUAAACGAAUCACGCGAAUAUGCCAAGAAAAUUAUUCCUAUAGUGGAUAAUGUGGAAUAUUUGUUACUUCGAAACAACAUUGAUCAUUUUGAUAUAGUGGAGAAACUUUUGGAUCCAAAUUAUCAUCUCGCUAAAUUAAUAAUAAAAUGUCUUCAACCUGAUAUGACUAUUUGAAGAAUAUAAAGCUAAAACAUUUUAUGUUAGAAUACGCUACAAUAUUUCUUAUAAGACGUUAUGU